AUGAAUCCAUCGAAAUUUCUUGCGUCGACAAUCAAAAAUGGUGAGUUGAAACAAAUAUGGAAAUGUUUGCCUUUGAGCAUUUCUGAUGUGAGCAUCUGUUUCAUUACGUUUUUGAAAAAAAUUAUAUUUGUUUUGGAAAUGAUUGACAAAAAAUUAGUAGUUUUGUUUUAGAAUUAUUAAAUUUUACCAUUAUUCAAAAAAUGCAAAUAUGAAGUCAAAUGAACUUCCUUGGAUUGCUAUUUUCCACAGUUUCUGAUAAUCCAAAACACAUUUCAGUAAUUGGACAACAAAUCCGAUUCUCCGCUGGAAUGGCUGCUACUUUACCCCGAACAUCUGGUGUUUAUUCGACUGUUGGAAUGAACAAUGAAUCUCCAUCUUUGGUGAUUUUUGACAAGGACGGUACACUUUUAUGUUUUCAUACAAUGUGGAUCCCUUGGGCACAAUAUGCAUCACAGUCUAUUGAAAAUGCGACUGGAAUGAAAUUAUAUCAAGAUGUUGCAAAAGUGUUAGGUUUAUGUACAAUUGAAAACAAGGUGAAGCCUGGAUUGUUGGCUGAAGGAACUAUGGGUCAAAUAACCACAGAGAUUGCUGAUAUUUUGAUAAGAAAAGGAAUUCCAUCUUUUGAGGUAUAUCAUUUUCAAUUAUUUUAAAUGUUUAACUGUUAAAUGUUAAGGCAAGAAUGAUGGCUUCUGAUAGUUUAAAGUACUCAAAUGAAAUGACAAUAACUUCUCAACUUGUCAAAGAGAUUUAUGAUACGGUCGCAUUGUUCACAAGACUGAAACAACAUGGGACAAAGAUUGCAGUUUGCACAGCAGAUAACCGGUUUGUAAUAUCAUCUUCUUUCAUUUUCCAAGUCACAACCCAUAAUCUGUGAUUUAGAAAAAGCUCGAUGGAAGCAUUGAAACGAAUGAACGUUUUACAUCUUGUUGAUAUGGUUGUUUGUGGUGAUGAUAAGAAUUCAAGGCCAAAACCAGACGCUCAUAAUGCUUUGAGGAUUUGUGACCAUUUGAAUGUCCAUCCAUCGGUAAAUAUUCUUACCCUGACUUUUCAAAAUCAAUAAUACUCAUUUUUAGGAAGCCAUUAUGGUUGGUGACACUCGAGUUGAUAUCGAAAUGGCUCACGCUGCUCGACUUGGUUCGGCUGUCGGUGUUUUAUCUGGAGUUGGAUGCAAAGAUCAUCUUCAUCGCGCCGAUGUUCUUCUUAAUAAUAUUGGUGAUAUCAUUGAAGUUUUCUACGAAAAAUAG